AUGAACACUGAAUACGACUAUUUAUUCAAAUUAUUAUUGAUCGGUGACUCCGGUGUUGGUAAAUCAUGUUUAUUAUUAAGAUUUGCUGAUGAUACUUAUACCGCCGAUUACAUCUCAACAAUUGGUGUUGAUUUUAAAAUUAGAACCAUUGAAUUAGAUGGUAAAACUAUCAAAUUACAAAUUUGGGAUACCGCUGGUCAAGAGCGUUUCAGAACCAUCACUUCAUCAUACUAUAGAGGUGCUCAUGGUAUCAUUAUCGUUUAUGACGUUACUGAUCAAGAAUCAUUUAAUAAUGUUAAACAAUGGUUACAAGAAAUUGAUAGAUAUGCUACUGGUGGUGUUAUGAAAUUAUUAGUUGGUAACAAAUCUGAUUUAACUGAUAAGAAAUCCGUUGAUUAUAACGUUGCAAAAGAAUUUGCCGAUGCUUUAGAUAUUCCAUUCUUAGAAACAUCAGCUUUGAACUCAACAAAUGUUGAACAAGCUUUCUUCACCAUGGCUAGACAAAUCAAAGCCAAUGUUUCAAGUAAUGCUUCAAAUGCAAAUGCUGGUAACAACAAAAACAGUGUCAAUAUUAGAGGUCAAUCAAUUGGUCAAAACCAACAAAAUGGUUGUUGUUAA